UUCGCCAUGCUUCGCUCGUCUUGUGACAUUUUUGCGAUUUUUUGAUGAAAAUAUUCAACGAUGGAGCGUGGUUUUGAGCAAGAAAACUUGUACACAAUCUCUAAACAUGCAGCAGAAUUCAAAACUAAGGUGAAAGUUCUUAUUGAUAAUGAAGAAGAGAAGAUAGCACUUUUUAACGCUUUGAAAUCCUAUCACGAGUCUCAGAAACUMUCCGUYUUAGUMCARGACAUCCGAUCAAUCCUMAAYACACCAAAGAGAUACCCCCUAUAUAGAGAUGUCAGGUAUUUGAUAAAUCCAGGUGAUAGUGAAGCAUUUCUCAAACUCAUUCCACAGUCUCCUAGUGAUGGUAUUCAUGUUGUAAGGAUUCAUAGAACAGGAAAAGAGGAGGCUGGGUUCAGUAUAAGGGGAGGAAGAGAGCACAAAGUAGGAGUUUUUGUGUCUUUUGUGCAGAGAGGGUCACCCGCAGAUAUUGUUGGACUCAAGGCUGGAGAUGAGAUCCUCUCUGUGAAUAAUUUGAUUUUAAAUGAAGCGACACAUGAGGAGGUUGUCAAUCUACUAAGAUCAAGACGAGUAUUGGUUUUAAAAGUUAAAAGUACAGGAAAAGUCCCUUGUAAAAUACUUGAUUGUAUCAGAUGGGAAGAAGUACAGGACAAAGAGAAUGUCUACUAUCACCCUGACCUACUGGUAAAAGAUUGACACAUAUCUUUUACAUGGCAUUCCAUUCUAUUCCCCUUUCAUUCUAUGGCAUCCUUUGACAUCCCAUGACAUCCUUUGCCAUGCAUACCCCUGCCAUUCUAUGGCAUCCUUUGCCAUCCCAUAACAUCCUAUGCCAUACAUUCCCCUGCCAUUCUAUGCCAUCCUUUGCCAUCCCAUAACAUCCUAUGCCAUACAUUCCCCUGCCAUUCUAUGCCAUCCUUUGCCAUCCCAUAACAUCCUAUGCCAUACAUUCCCCUGCCAUUCUAUGCCAUCCUUUGCCAUCCCAUAACAUCCUAUGCCAUACAUUCCCCUGCCAUUCUAUGCCAUCCUUUGCCAUCCCAUAACAUCCUAUGCCAUACAUUCCCCUGCCAUUCUAUGCCAUCCUUUGCCAUCCCAUAACAUCCUAUGCCAUACAUUCCCCUGCCAUUCUAUGCCAUCCUUUGCCAUCCCAUAACAUCCUAUGCCAUACAUUCCCCUGCCAUUCUAUGCCAUCCUUUGCCAUCCCAUAACAUCCUAUGCCAUACAUUCCCCUGCCAUUCUAUGCCAUCCUUUGCCAUCCCAUAACAUCCUAUGCCAUACAUUCCCCUGCCAUUCUAUGCCAUCCUUUGCCAUCCCAUAACAUCCUAUGCCAUACAUUCCCCUGCCAUUCUAUGCCAUCCUUUGCCAUCCCAUAACAUCCUAUGCCAUACAUUCCCCUGCCAUUCUAUGCCAUCCUUUGCCAUCCCAUAACAUCCUAUGCCAUACAUUCCCCUGCCAUUCUAUGCCAUCCUUUGCCAUCCCAUAACAUCCUAUGCCAUACAUUCCCCUGCCAUUCUAUGCCAUCCUUUGCCAUCCCAUAACAUCCUAUGCCAUACAUUCCCCUGCCAUUCUAUGCCAUCCUUUGCCAUCCCAUAACAUCCUAUGCCAUACAUUCCCCUGCCAUUCUAUGCCAUCCUUUGCCAUCCCAUAACAUCCUAUGCCAUACAUUCCCCUGCCAUUCUAUGCCAUCCUUUGCCAUCCCAUAACAUCCUAUGCCAUACAUUCCCCUGCCAUUCUAUGCCAUCCUUUGCCAUCCCAUAACAUCCUAUGCCAUACAUUCCCCUGCCAUUCUAUGCCAUCCUUUGCCAUCCCAUAACAUCCUAUGCCAUACAUUCCCCUGCCAUUC